CUCGCGGAAGGAAAUUUAGACUGUCAAGUGUUUAAGGUGGCUUCUCCUCCGACCCUUCCAACCUUUUCUUCCUUGUUCUUCGCAUAUAGGGGUGUUUCAUGGCUGUCUCCCUCUGUCUUAUGAUUCAUUGAUUUUCUUCUAUACCCCCUGCUAUAUCGCGUCGCUUGACCCGCGUCGAGGUCAUCGAGUGUCGCCAUGGCAAAACUCGUCGAUGACCCCCAAAUUGCGCAUUCCUCGCUGCACAAUCCCCUCCCAACUCAAGUCCACACCUACGUUUGGCCGUUCCUCGUCAUCUGGCCCGGAUUCUUCGCCUUCUAUCUCUCCCCCGAACGCUAUGACCAGUACAUCCAAGGUCAAGAAUGGACCUUUGUGUGGGUUGCUUCGAUUAUCACGGCUCAGUCGCUCCUUUGGUUGAUGACCAAAUGGAACAUCAACAUCCAAACUCUGUUCACGGCGACGAAAGCCAAGUCAAUUGACUCUGCAAAGCUCAUCAAGGUCAUUCCCGGCGCCAACGCCGGAUCCGCGGAAAUCUGCCCUCUCGUCCAUGAUAACAUGGGUGGAAAGAAUACGAUCUCGUUCCUAUUCCAGAAGCGUCGUUUUCUUUACUAUCCCGAUCGGCGAUGCUUCGGACCCUUGUCGUACGUUCUCGAUGCCGAGCCCAAGCCGGCAAUUAAGACCUUCCAGCAAAACCCGGGUCUGGCCACCAAGUCCGAGAUUGAGGACAUUCAGUAUCACUAUGGCGAUAACACCUUCGAUAUCCCCGUGCCGGGAUUUGUUGAACUGUGGAAGGAACACGCCGUUGCGCCCUUCUUCGUUUUCCAAAUCUUCUGCGUUGGUCUGUGGAUGCUGGAUGAAUACUGGUAUUACUCGCUGUUCACGCUAUUCAUGCUUGUUGCGUUCGAGAGCACUGUCGUGUGGCAGCGUCAGCGAACUCUCAACGAGUUCCGAGGAAUGAGCAUCAAGCCCUACGAUGUGUGGGUUUACCGCGAGAGCAAAUGGCAGGAAAUUACCAGUGACAAGCUCUUGCCCGGUGAUGUCAUGUCGGUCAACCGAACCAAGGAAGACGGCGGUGUCGCGUGCGAUAUCCUUUUGAUCGAAGGCAGUGCUAUCGUCAACGAGGCCAUGCUUUCCGGUGAAAGUACCCCGCUUCUGAAGGAAUCGAUCCAGCUGCGACCGGGCGAUGAUCUGAUCGAGCCGGAUGGCUUGGACAAGAAUGCGUUCGUGCACGGAGGAACCAAGGUCCUGCAGAUUACCCACCCCAACUCGAACGUUGAGGAAUCCGAGAACACUGGCAAGAACGGCUCCAAGAUCACUGCUCCGCCUGACAAUGGUGCGAUCGGCGUUGUCGUGAAGACCGGCUUCGAAACUAGCCAAGGCAGUCUCGUCCGUACCAUGAUCUACUCCACCGAACGUGUCUCUGCCAACAACGCCGAGGCACUGCUUUUCAUUCUGUUCCUGCUUAUCUUCGCCCUCGCCGCUUCGUGGUAUGUGUGGCAAGAGGGUGUCGCGAAGGACCGCAAGAGAUCGAAGUUGCUCCUGGACUGUGUCCUGAUCGUCACCAGCGUGGUUCCUCCCGAGCUUCCCAUGGAAUUGAGUCUUGCUGUCAACACCAGUCUGGCUGCCCUGAGCAAAUUCGCUAUCUUCUGUACCGAGCCCUUCCGUAUUCCUUUUGCUGGGCGUGUUGAUGUCGCUUGCUUCGACAAGACCGGUACCUUGACCGGUGAAGAUCUGGUCGUCGAUGGCAUUGCCGGCCUCACCCUGGGUCACAGUGGAGCAAAGGUCGAGAAGGAUGGCGCCCACACUGAGUUGGCCAAGGGCGGUAAUAUCGGAGUCAACACCACGCUUGUUCUUGCUAGCGCUCAUGCAUUGGUCAAAUUGGAUGAGGGCGAAGUUGUUGGCGACCCUAUGGAGAAGGCCACGCUUCAGUGGCUUGGCUGGACCCUGGGCGCAAAUGACACACUUACUUCCAAGAACAAGUCGGUGCCUGCCUCUCGCGUGCUUGACUCGGUUCAAGUCAAGAGAAGAUUCCAGUUCUCUUCCGCAUUGAAGCGUCAGAGCACCAUCGCGACCGUUGUCGGCAAUGAUCCCAAGACUUCGAAGAAGAUUAAGUCCACUUUCGUCGGUGUCAAGGGUGCCCCGGAGACCAUCAGGUCUAUGCUUACCCACACUCCACCCAACUAUGAGGAAACCUUCAAGCACUUCACCCGUAACGGCGCUCGUGUCCUCGCUCUUGCUUACAAGUUUCUCUCCCCCGAGGCCGAGUUGUCUCAGGGACGCAUCAACAACUUCACCCGGGAGGAUAUCGAGUCCGACUUGAUCUUUGCUGGUUUCCUUGUGCUCCAAUGUCCCCUGAAGGAUGACGCUAUCAGGGCCGUCCGUAUGCUCAAUGAGAGCAGUCACCGUGUUGUCAUGAUUACUGGUGACAACCCGUUGACUGCGGUUCAUGUUGCACGACAGGUUGAGAUCGUCGACCGUGAGGUUUUGAUCUUGGAUGCUCCUGAGAAUGAUACGUCUGGAACCCGAUUAGUCUGGCGUAGCAUCGAUGACAAGUUUAACCGUGACGUGGACCCCACCAAGGAUUUGGACUCUGAGAUUGUGAAAACCAAGGAUAUCUGCAUCACGGGCUACGCCCUGGCCAAGUUCAAGGGCCAGAAGGCUUUCUCGGACCUCCUUCGCCACACCUGGGUCUACGCCCGUGUCUCGCCCAAGCAGAAAGAGGAUAUUCUCCUUGGUCUCAAGGAUGCCGGUUACACUACCCUCAUGUGCGGUGACGGAACCAACGAUGUUGGAGCUCUGAAGCAAGCUCAUGUUGGUGUCGCGCUGCUCAACGGCUCGCCGGACGAUCUCACCAAGAUUGCCGAGCACUAUCGGACGACCAAGAUGAAGGAAAUAUAUGAGAAGCAGGUUGCUAUGAUGCAGAGAUUUAACCAGCCUUCCCCGCCCGUGCCUGUCCUUAUCGCUCACUUGUACCCCCCUGGCCCCUCCAACCCCCAUUACCAGAAGGCCAUGGAGCGCGAAGCGCUGAAGCGCGGUAUCAACCCGGCAAACGGCCAGGGUCAGCAAGAGGCGGUCCCGACCAUCACUUCUCCCGGCGCUCAAGCCCUGCAGCAGUCCAACUCCAACUUGACUCCUCAGCAGCAGCGUCAGCAGCAGGCCUCCGCGGCCGCUGCCGGUCUCGCCGACAAGCUUACCAGCUCGAUGAUGGAACAGGAGCUUGAUGAAUCCGAGCCCCCUACGAUCAAACUGGGUGAUGCGUCGGUCGCUGCGCCUUUCACUAGCAAACUGGCCAAUGUCAUUGCUAUCCCCAACAUUCUCCGCCAAGGCCGCUGCACUCUUGUUGCGACUAUCCAGAUGUAUAAGAUCCUUGCUCUGAACUGCCUCAUUAGCGCCUAUAGUCUGAGUGUUAUUUAUCUGGAUGGUAUCAAAUUCGGAGAUGGUCAGGUCACUAUUAGCGGAAUGCUGAUGAGUGUCUGCUUCCUUUCGAUCUCUCGUGCUAAGUCUGUCGAAGGUCUCUCCAAGGAACGACCCCAGCCGAACAUCUUUAAUGUAUACAUCAUCGGCUCGGUGCUUGGACAGUUUGCCAUUCACAUUGCCACCCUCAUUUAUCUGUCUAACUAUGUCUACUCCAUUGAACCGAGACAAUCGGACAUUGAUCUGGAGGGCGAAUUCGAGCCUUCUCUGCUGAACAGCGCUAUCUACCUUCUCCAACUCAUUCAGCAAAUCUCGACUUUCUCCAUCAACUACCAAGGCCGUCCCUUCAGAGAGUCGAUUCGCGAGAACAAGGCUAUGUACUGGGGGCUGGUUGCCGCCUCUGGCGUUGCCUUCUCCUGUGCCACUGAGUUUGUUCCCGAGCUGAACGAGAAGCUGCGUCUUGUCCCCUUCAGCACCGAGUUCAAGCUCACCCUGACCGUUCUGAUGAUCUUCGACUACGCUGGGUGCUGGAUCAUCGAGAACGUCCUCAAGACCCUUUUCAGCGAUUUCCGCCCCAAGGAUAUUGCUGUGCGCCGUCAGGACCAGCUGCAGCGGGAGACCGCCCGCAAGGCUAGGGAGGACUUGGAGAAGUUGGCCGAGAAAGAGCGCUUGAGGAAGGUGUAAGAUUUCUUAGAGUUGAUCUAAUUUUGGAGAUUUCUUUUGGGCGGAGCUGCUUAUGCAUGCUUAGACACUGUUUUCUCCAGACGGGGAAUUAGAAAGCGUUGUUGGCUUUUUUUUGUGUCGAGUAGCUGCAUUGCGUAAUACUUAAGUGGUACAUAUAAACAAUAGAAGGUUUUGUUUUGAUCGAGAAGUGUAUUCGCUGGGCAUCGUAGUUCACUUUUCCCGAAG